AUGGAACAAAACAUAAGUCCUUCCACAAUAGCAGUUGGCUUGUAUACUGCUUCAGAAAAUACAGAUUCUUGUUUGAAACGCCUUGUCACAAAGUCACCAUUAGAGGCUAUGGCACAAAGAUUUGGUGAUGUAGUUCGCGAACUUCAGAUCAACUUACCGUCUCAGAUAAACAAUAGAUAUGAUAGUUUACAGUAUUCUAGUGAUUUCACUAACUUCUCAGUUAAUCCUAGAGCUACUUCCUCUUCGUCACUAAUGUAUCCGUAUUUCACUCCCAUCCCUCAACUCCACUGCUUCAAUGCUGCAACUACUAUUACUACUACCACAACCACCACAGUAACAUCAAUAGCAAACAAUACUAUUGUCAGUAACAUUUUACCGGAUAGUACUUCUCACAGUGUUUCUAAACUUCCUCUUCUAUUAUCGAAAUCAUCGUUUGAUUAUUUCCACUCAAAAUUAUGUGGAACAGUUUCAGUAUCGGAAAAUCUGUCUAAGAUUACGUCAUCUGGUGCAUUAAAACAAAGUUGUAGUGAAUUGCAUAACAUAAAUGACAUUGAUACUAUGACUGGAGAUUUCAGUGAUCCUUUUAUAUCAUCACAUAUUUAUUCAUUAAAUUCAGUACAACAUUCUUCUCCUGAAAAACAAAACUUUCGAAACCCAUUAUGCGUUAAAUCAAACCAUUUAAAUAGUUUACAAGAAAAUCAGUUUAAUGGAAUAAAUGAAUGUGAACUGCACUCUGUUGUAAACGAAGCUACAACUUAUGGUUUAAAUUUAUCAUUUCAAAGUGACAAAAUGACUAGUCGUGAGAGGUUAUACCAUAAUUUUGAAAACUGUCAUCAUAGUUUCUUGAAUGGAACUAAUCACUGUGAUAUGUUGAAUUCAAAUAACUUAUCAAUAUUUGAGUGUAAGAACCACUCAUAUCCCAACAAUUUAAUAAAUUCGAAUCUCUGCCUUUCUAAAUGUGAUUACAUUGAGGCAUAUUCAUCACCAAUGUUCAAUAAUUCUUUAGAAUCAUAUACUUGUCCAGAUCAUUCUGUAAAAUAUCCAGCUUCAUCAUCAAAUAUUUAUUUGAACAAAUCGAUACCUAUGUUUUGGUCAAACGAUUGCAAUAAUCCGAAUGUGAAACCACCAUUUUCCUACAUUACACUGAUUGUUUCCGCAAUGAACUCAAAAUUAUCAAAAAAGAUUACAUUGAAUGAAAUUUAUGCAUGGAUUAUGCAUACAUUUGCUUAUUAUCGUAAAAAUACAAGAAGAUGGCAAAAUUCCAUAAGACACGCAUUAUCGUUUAAUGAUUGUUUUAUUAAAGUACCACGUCCAUCUGGUGAAGCUGGUAAAGGUUCUUAUUGGACAGUCCAUCCUUUAGCCAUAGACAUGUUUGAUAAUGGUUCGUCAAUGCGACGUAAUCGUAAAUUUAUUGACGAGAAUCGUUAUCGUCAUAAUCAUAGUCAUGCAACUAUACAUAUGAAUGGAAAAAAGUAUACAUCUGUUAAAAAUUAUGAAAUUAAUUUAAUAAAUCAUGCUCCUCAUUACCACUAUCAAUCACAAAGAAAUAUGAAUAAAAAUGACAAUGUACAAUGGUCAAUUAUGAUUAGAAAAAAUAACAAUAAUAAUAAUAAUAACAAUAAUAAUAAUAUACAAGAUGACCUCAUUUCAACUCAUUCAAAUUCACGUGGUCAAUAUCAUCUGAACGAAGAUGAUGAUGAUGGAGAUGAUGAUGACAUUAUUGACGGUUAUAUGAAUCAGUUUACUGGAAAAGUGAAACAAUCCACUGUAUACAACAACGACAAUGAUAAUAACAUAAACAGUAAAAAUCAUAAUUCUAAGUAUAACUCUAAAGAUGAUUAUAUAAAAACAAUAACAACGGUGAAUCAAAUAAAAUCUCCUUGUACUACUACAGAGAAAUCAUGGAAAACUUUACCCAUACCAUCAGAUACAUUAAACUGUUUAAAUGAUUGCUUUAAUCAAAUAUAUGGUAGUAAUACUAAUACUAACAAUAAUAAUGAUAACAAUAAUAAUAACAGCAAUCAUAAGAAUUCCAAAUAUCUUCUUCCUCCUUCCUUUCAUCACCAUCAUCGUGAUCAUCAUCAGAAGAAUUUAAAUUUGGAUGCUAUUACAUUCCAUGACAAUUAUCCUGUUAACGAUUACAAAUGUGAAAUAAUUUUAUCAUCAUCGUUAUCGUCUUCCUCUUCAUCUUCCCUUUCUUUUUCAUCAUCGCCGGCAUUUUCUUCCUCUUCCAUUGCUAUGGCUACUCUCUGUUCUUCACCAACUUCAUCAGGAUUAAUUUGUAAUCCAAAUCAAUAUCACCAUGAUAUUCAAUCACAUAAUACAUUGAAUUAUCAUCAAUAUAUUAAUCAUUACAAAAAUCAAUUAAAUCCUUGUUUAAGCUUAUUAAACAAUUCUUAUCAGAAAUCAAUUAAUUCCUCACAGAAUUUAAUCAAUUCAGAAAAUAUCGAUAAUAAAACUAGUAAUAAUAAUAAUAGCGAUGAUAAUAACUGGAAUAAAAUUAAUGUUAAUAAUGAAGACAGUAUUGGUACAUAUGAUAAUACCGAUUACGAUGACAAUGAAGGCAAUGUAAUUGAUUCAACGGAUAAUAAUAAUAAUAAUGAUAAAUUAUUAUUAUCACGAAAUACAAUUAAAUGGUAUAAAGAAUUUUCUCUGAAUCAAAUACUUUAA